AUGGUGACUUUGUAUGACGAGGGUACUCGUUGCUGGUACCCAGAUGAGCAGCUCGGCUGGAUAGGCACAACGGUCAAGUCCAACAAGCUUGAAGGCAACAAACAUGUGAUCCAGUUAGUGUCGGAGUCGGAUGACGGCAAAGUAUUCACAGUGGAGACCGAUUCGCUUUCGGAGGACAACGACAAGCUACCACCGUUGAGAAACCCGCCCAUUUUGGAAGCGGCUGAGGACUUGACCAGCUUGUCCUAUUUGAACGAACCAGCAGUGUUGCAGGCCAUCAAGUUGCGGUACUCGCAAUUGCAGAUUUACACCUACUCGGGGAUCGUCUUGAUUGCCACCAACCCUUUCCAACGAGUCGAGCAUUUAUAUUCCCAGGAUAUCGUCCAGGCGUACGCGGGCACCCGAAGGGGAGAACUAGACCCGCAUCUUUUCGCCAUUGCCGAAGAUGCGUACCGGUGCAUGAAGGUUGACAAUGAGAACCAGACUGUGGUGGUUAGUGGUGAAUCGGGUGCCGGCAAAACGGUUUCCGCCAAGUAUAUCAUGAGGUAUCUUGCCACGGUGGAAGAAGAAGGCGAUCAAACUUUGGGCAGUGAUCACAAGGCAGACAUGUCGCAAGUUGAAAAGCAGAUAUUGGCAACCAACCCCAUCAUGGAGGCGUUUGGAAAUGCGAAAACCACGAGAAACGAUAACUCGUCGCGUUUCGGGAAAUAUCUCGAAAUUUUGUUCGAUAAGCAAACUUGCAUCAUUGGCGCCAGGAUAAGGACCUAUUUGUUGGAACGGUCUAGAUUGGUUUUCCAGCCGGCAACUGAACGAAAUUAUCAUAUUUUUUACCAGAUUUUGGCAGGUAUGGGCGACGUUGCCAAAGAGGAGUUGGGGUUGACCACGGCUGAUGACUUUAGGUACACCAACCAAGGAGGAAUGACCCAGAUUGACGGGGUUGACGAUGCUGCCGAGUUUCAGGCCACAUCAGAAGCAUUGACCAUGAUUGGAAUCGACGACCUGAAGCAAAGCCAAAUCUUUAGGAUCCUUGCUGCCCUUUUGCACAUUGGUAAUAUCGAAAUAGCUGCAACGAGAAAUGACGCCAAUUUAUCCUCAGAUGAACCAAACUUGGUCAAGGCGUGCGACUUGCUCGGAAUUGACCCCUUGAACUUUGCCAAAUGGUGUGUCAAGAAACAAAUAACAACCAGAUCCGAGAAAAUCAUUAGUAGUCUUAGCCACGCUCAGGCCCUUGUCGCGAGAGAUUCUUUUGCCAAAUACAUAUACUCGGCAUUAUUCGACUGGUUAGUCGACUAUGUCAACUCGGACUUGUGCCCGGACAAGAUUGCCAGUCAAGUAAAAUCUUUUAUUGGUGUCUUGGAUAUCUAUGGGUUUGAACAUUUUGAGAAAAACUCGUUUGAGCAGUUUUGCAUCAACUAUGCCAAUGAAAAAUUGCAACAGGAGUUCAACCAACACGUUUUCAAAUUGGAGCAGGACGAGUACGUAAAGGAAGAAAUCGAGUGGUCCUUUAUCGAGUUUGCCGAUAAUCAGCCAUGUAUCGACUUGAUCGAGAACAAGAUGGGUAUAUUGGCAUUGUUGGAUGAAGAGUCGAGAUUGCCCUCAGGAAAAGACGAACAGUUUAUCGAGAAAAUGUACCAGCAUUUGGACAAACCGCCAACCAACAAGGUGUUUAAAAAGCCCAGAUUUGGACAAGCUAAAUUCAUCGUUAGCCACUAUGCCUUGGACGUGACCUACGACAAGGAAGGGUUUAUUGAGAAGAACAGAGACACUGUUGGCGAGGGCCACUUGGAGGUGAUGAAGGGUUCAAAGAACCCAAUGCUCCAAGACAUUCUCACUAUUGUCGACCAGAAUGCCGCGGCAGUCGAGGCCAACGCUGCUCCAGCCAGGGGGAAAAUCGCAAACAAGAAACCCACUUUGGGUACUAUGUUUAAAAACUCGUUGAUCCAAUUGAUGAAGACUAUCAACUCUACAAAUGUGCACUACAUCAGGUGUAUAAAACCAAACGAGCAAAAGAAAGCUUGGGAGUUUGAUGCAUUAAUGGUGCUAUCACAAUUAAGGGCUUGUGGUGUUCUUGAAACAAUUAGGAUAUCCUGUGCAGGUUUCCCUUCGAGAUGGACCUAUGUAGAGUUCGCUGACCGUUAUCACAUCUUAGUUCCUUCUAACGACUGGAUCAAGGUUAUGGCAGGAGAGACUACCCAGGAAUCUGUUUCCGCGUUAUGUCACCAGAUUUUGGUUUCAAACAUCGAGGACAAGUCCAAGUAUCAAUUGGGAAACACCAAAAUCUUUUUCAAAGCCGGUAUGUUGGCGCAGUUUGAGAAACUCAGAGCUGACAAGUUGCACAGAUCGGCGGUGAUGAUUCAAAAGAAUUUAAGAAAACGUUUCUACAGAAAGAAAUACCUCGAGAUUAGGCAAUCGAUUAUUGCUCUGCAGAGUUUGAUCCGUGGGUUUGAAAAGAGGAGACAAAUUAGAGAAGAAAAGGAGAAAGCAGCUGCAAUUUUGUUGCAAACUUCAAUCAGGGGCCAUUUGGCCAGGCAACAAUACAUCAGAACCCUUGUUUCGGUUGUCACUUUGCAAAGGUCUAUUAGAGGCUUACAAGCAAGAAAGACAUUUAACCAAUUACGCUUGGAAAACUCAGCCGUUACUUUGCAAAAAACAUGGAGAUCGUUGCAAGAGAGAAGGAAAUACCAAAAUACCCAAAAAUCUGCUGUGGUUAUUCAAUCCGCGUUUAGAAGACAAUACGCUUACCGUGAGUUAAAGACGUUGAAGACAGAGGCCAAGUCUGUCAACAAGUUGAAGGAAGUAUCUUAUAGAUUAGAGAACAAGGUCAUUGACUUGACCCAAUCGCUCACAGCCAAGAUACAGGACAACAAGAAAUUGAUGGAGGAGAUACUGAAUUUGAAACAACUCUUGUCCCAGCAGGGAAAUGCAGAGGAAACGUUGAAAUCAAGGGAAUUGGAGUACAACAACAAGUUGGACGUGACGAAAUCGGAGCACCAAGAAGAAGUGGAAAAUUUGAACCGCGAGUUGGCCUCUAUCAAGUCAGACUAUGCGUCAGCCGAGGAAAAGAUUGUGCAAUUGUCAAAAGAACAGCAAGAGUUGCGUGAGGAGGUGCUGAGAACACUUGCCGCGUUGAACCAAGCCAAGGAAGAUCUCGUGAAGCGUGAUACCGUUGAGGUUGACUUGAAGACCCACAUUGAGCAAUUGAAAGCCGAUUUGGUGUAUCUCAACAGUGCCAAGGGCAACAGAGCAGCCGUCAAUAAGCGUCAAAGCGGCGCCGCCGCUUGGAACUCGCCCACCUCGCUUGAUAAUCCUAGACCAGUAUCGGUUAUUGCCGUUUCCAACGAUGACGAUGCCAGUAUCGAGGACAUCAACGAUGAGUUGUUCAAGUUGUUGAGAGACUCUCGCAAAUUGCACCGCGAGAUUGUUGAAGGGUUGCUCAAGGGACUCAAGAUACCUCAAGCUGGAGUCGCGUCUGACUUGACCAGGAAAGAGGUCUUGUUCCCUUCGAGAAUCAUUAUCAUCAUUUUGUCAGACAUGUGGAGGUUGGGAUUGACAAAGGAAAGUGAAGAUUUCCUUGGCGAAGUCUUGUCCUCGAUCCAGAACCUUGUGACUGUGCUCAAGGACGAUGAAGUUAUCCCACACGGAGCCUUUUGGUUAUCCAACACUCACGAGUUGUACUCGUUUGUCUCGUAUGCAGAACGCACCAUAAUUGCCAACGACACGCUCUCGAACGAAAUGACCGUUGAAGAGUUUAACGAAUACUUGAAAUUGGUGGCUGUUGUCAAGGAGGACUUUGAGUCGCUCUCGUACAACAUCUACAACAUGUGGAUGAAGAAGAUGGAGAAGGACUUGGAAAAGAAGGCUGUUUCAGCCGUGGUGAUGUCGCAAUCGCUUCCCGGUUUCAUGGCCCCCGAGAAUUCUCCAUUCUUGAGCAAAGUGUUUUCAGCAGGUGUCACUUACAAGAUGGAUGACAUAUUGUCGACUUUUAAUUCCUUGUACUGGUCGAUGAAGAGCUACUAUUUGGAGAACGAGGUAAUUGUUAGCGUCAUAACGGAGAUGUUGAGGUUCAUCGAUGCAUUAUGUUUUAAUGAUUUGAUCAUGAGGCGCAACUUUUUGUCGUGGAAGAGAGGUUUGCAAUUGAACUACAACGUCACAAGAUUAGAAGAAUGGUGCAAGUCGCACGAUAUCGAAGAAGGCUCAUCGUGCUUGAUUCAUUUGCUCCAGGCGGCCAAAUUGUUGCAGUUGAGGAAAAACACCGCCGAGGAUAUCAAUAUAAUCUACGAAAUCUGUUACGCGUUGAACCCGGCCCAGAUACACAAGACCAUUGGUGCUUACAGCUCGGCCGAGUACGAGACGCCAAUUGCGCCAUCCGUGAUGGCUAUCGUUGCUGCAAAGACUAAAGAGAGCUCAAGCGAUGAAUUGUUCCUUACAAUGUCUACAGACGGCCAUUUUGAAGACCCAUUCAGAAACAUUGAGUUGAGGCCGUUCUCGAGAGUCGAAGCAUACGUCCCUGCGUGGUUGAACUUGCCCGUUAUUCGUAGAAUAGUGGAGUUGGUUGCAAAGAAUGCCUCGGUGCAAGAAAGCCACCAAGAAGCCAAUGGUAAUUAG